AUCAAACUAGAUAACCACCUUAUCUAGCUACGUACUACGCGUGUUUAUGAUUAUCCCUGAGCAUUGUUACACUGACACAUAAAAUGACGUUAUACAGUUCAAUAUUUCUAUUUCUUAUUCUGGGAAUAAUCGGAGUCUGUGCUGACGGGGACCCUAUGCUGCAAAAUGUUCUGAGGAAACUCUCCGAAUUGACGUCUACGGUCCAAGAACAAAAUGAAAAGAUUAUUCAGUUACAGCAGAUUGUAAAGACACAGGGGUGUGAAUUAGAGACACUCAGAUCUACUGUAGCCCAGAGUCACCACAAGGACACAGAUGAUCGAACUUCAGGUUCGAACAAAUCAGACAACGUGACCCUGACAACCGCCCCGCCGACCAAACUGUACCACAGGGAACCAGACCAACAGAGCUCGACUACUGAAGGGAAGGCUUCUGCAGGACCUUUGACUCCUCAUGUUAAAAGGCUACUAAUGGGUGGAAGCGUUGUACAGCGUGUUGGGUUUACAGCCUAUAGGUAUUCAGACGACCCACUUAUUCCAAAACAAACCCUUAUUUACGAAAAGGUCCUCAGCAAUGUUGGAUCACGCUAUAACCAGCACACUGGGAUUUUCUCUGCUGAUGUCUCCGGCCUCUAUGUGUUCUAUUCUGGCGUAGAAUGUGCACCUCAUCAAAGUAUGGGGAUAGAAAUCAUGAACGAUGGCAACUCAAUCGGCUACACUUACUGUGAUAGCAAAUCUGACGCGUAUAGCAACAGCGGUGAGAUGAUUGUUGCGGAAGUGACGUCAGGAAGUUCAAUAUGGGUACGUGUCAGCUCCACGAGUAAUCCAAAUGCAGACACAAUCGGUCACAAAACCAUGUUUUCUGGGUUUUUGUUAAAUUGAUUUAUAUUUGAUUAAAGAUUGCAAAUUUGCA